AUGGAGUUCGGAGCUGGAAAUGGGUAUUGUAGCAAUGAGCUUCCUCCUAGUCGAUUGGGAACGUUCCCCAGCGUAUUACCAGGCGUCGUCGUGGACUACAAAUUUUCAUCUUGGCCAGCAGGUAAUCAGAAAUUUGUUUUUCAAAUAUUCAAGAAGCCAAACCCAAACUUUCCAGCAUGCACUUGCAGGGCAAGACUUGAAGGUCAUGCAACAAUUGUCGGUGAAGUGGAUGAGUGGAGCGCUAUGGAAAGGGAAUAA